AUGGACAAGAUGUGGGAGAAGCAAAGACGCUACUCAGCUCCGACGAGCGGCCCAAGUUGGACGAGCAUCCCCCGAGCCGCCACCACCACCGUCCGUCUCGGAUGCCUUCAUGAGCCCAAACCUCAAGCUCCCAAGGCGCCGGUUUUGAUCCGCCCUCCCGGCCCGCGACCUCCAUCUCUCAAACAGGACUCAAAAGUCAGUUCGACUGGCGAUCCUCCGACCAAGACAAUCAUGAGGAGACGAGCUCGGUCUCUUUGUUCGCCCGCAGAAAGGAGGAUGGAGCUCAGGAGCCAGCAGGUUCGCUUUGUGGACGCCCUGGGCCUCGAUUUGGAGGAAGUGAAAGUGUUCCAAGAGAAAGAACGACCCCUGAUACCCCAGCAUGUCAUGUUCAGACUACUGAUGAGCUCUGAGAGGGCCUUCGGGAAAUGUUUGGAGUUGUCGCUGCCUCACUUUAAACCCUGCUUCCCCGAGAACAUGGGAGCUCAAGACGACUUCCUGAAGCGUGUGCGUGCACAGGUUGUGUGUCUGGAGCAAGUUACGUGCUCAGAGCUGGGUAUAGCAGGCACUGUCCAAGUACUUAAUUUAGACUAUGAGAAAAAGGUCACAGUUCACUACUCUUUUACCAACUGGAGAACAUCCACGGACACAACGGCCUCGUGGGCUUCAAGCGGGGCAGACGGGGAACACGACGCUCCGGGGACGGACGUCUUCAGAUUCCGUCUGCCGGUGCCGCCUUUCAUUUUGCUGCCGGGAGCUUUAUUGGAAUUUGCUAUCUGCUAUCGCGUCAAAGGCUCAAAUUAUUGGGACAACAACAAUGGGAGCAAUUACAAACUGACAUGUCACAGCUAUAAGGUGACUGUUCCAAAGGAAUGCGAGGACAGCAUGCUGCAUUUUACCUAAGUGGCCACACGAGGGCGCUAUUGCGCAUGUAAGCGACUGUUGCUACGGUUUCGCAAUGUCGUGAUCCAAGUUACUCAACUCUUCUAAGCUGCAUUUUGACGAAAACAUUUCCAUUGGAGGCUGCUGAAUCAAUUGUUAUUAUUUCGUUAUUUUACUUGACUGCAGUGUUUUUUUGUUUUUUUUUUAAAUUGAUUGUAAAUCUAACAUCCUUACACAAUGAGCACCUUAUUUGUUUGACCAAAACUUCUUUCUUCUGGACCUUGUUUGGGGUCAGAGGUGUGAUCACAUGGGACCGGGGCCAGCAAAGUGGUUGGCAUGAUGCAGCCUUUGGCUCCCAGGUGGUAUUUUCCGAUCCGAUCUGAAUUUGUAACCUGAUUUAAACUUGCCUGGCAUAUCGUUCAUGUCACAAAGCGUGUGGUGCUAACAAUAAAUCGGUGGUAUGAUAUACUGAAGUAUAAAUGCAGAAAUGAUAUAACACAAAUAUUAUUGCUACGUUAUGCAUGUGCAUGGACAAGCCUCCUAAGCACACAGGAAAAAAUAUAGAAAAUGCAAAGAAAUAUCCUGUCACAUGGUAUUUCAUCUCUUCAUUGCUAAAUUGGAUCAUUACAACAAUGUGAAUGAAUAAUAAAAGUUCAACCCGA